AUGUAAAUAAUACUUCAAUAAAAAAUAAAAUGUUAGAAGAAUAUCGAAUUAUUGAGAUGGAACGAAGAAUAAUUCCAAAACGUUAUAAUCAAAUUAAAGAAAGGUUAGUCUAUUCACCUUUAUAUAAACGUCCUGCUAUUUAUUGGAUACCAUAUUGUCCUAGUUAUAAGUCUCCUCCUUAUCAUAAUAAUGAUGCAAGGAUUCCAUGGGAUGACAAAUUUUUGGAUAAAGUACUUGUACCUAGAAUUAUGUCAGAAGCUACAUUAUGCGUGAAACAGGCUGAGGAUGCUGUCUUUGUGCUAAAAUUUAUCGAGGAUGUUUUAUGUAUGAGAAUUAAAACUGUAAGGGAUGCGUUAGCGCAUGAGCUUGGUAAUGGUGAAAUGUUUAGAUGCAGUUUAUGUGGUAAUUUGAAUUCGAAUUUCAAUUUAAGGUCGAGUAAUAGUUUAAAUUAUGUAGAUAAUUCGACAAUAUUAUAUAAUUAUACUGAUGUUAAACGGCAUAUUCAUUCAAACCAUUAUAACUGGUACCAAAAUUACUCUGAAGGAUCUGAAAGAUGUGAGGAUAUUUGCAUUGAAUUAGAUAUAAAAAUUUUACGAACUUUCUUGAUAAAAUGGUCAAAUCAUUGGUUUUGGCAUGGUAUAUAUCCUUACAAAUUACCUGAUGAUUUGGCAACAAUUUUAGCAAAUCGAAGGAUGAUUUGGUGGAAUUAA